AUGGACGGUCGCCUCUGUUCUAAUCGAGAGGCACACGUGACCACCCCAUACCUCUCUAUUCACACACGAUAUUGGACCCAGAACCAUCAACAAAGAACGCCUGACAUGUCCAACUUCUGGUUUAACGAGGACGCGUUCCUGCGCCCUCAAACAGAAACCAGCGACGCAGACUUCAUAGGCCUGAUCUUCGAUGAUUUGGGCGGCCAGACCCAAAACGGAGGCUCCAACCAGCAGUACUCGCAACAACAAAUGAAGGAUACAUCUCCCUACCAACAAAGCCAAGGUUUGCCUCCGCAAGCUCCAAACGCAGCCUCUCCGCCAUCUCAAUCGCAGCAAUACCCUCCUCUGACAAUGCCACCACAGCAGAUGCAAACACACGGCAAGAACCCUGCUCAGAACUCGUUAAUGAUAGAUGGCAUCUUCGACAACCUGGACCAGCAAUUCCUGAACUACAUACCAUCACAACAGAAGCCAAGCUCAAUGGGUCGUCAGAGCGUCAGCUCUCAGCAAAGCCAGCCUGGUUCAAUGCCUCCUCUGCACCAGCAGCCAGUCCUCGAUAAGGCAAAACAAGAGCAGCUCAUGAAGAUGCGCCUGCAGAUCAUGCAGCAGCAAAUGCUCCAGAGACAGUCGCUGCAACAACAGCCUUCGCAACAGCAGCUGCCGCAAAUGUCGCUGCAGAUGGUACCGCCAUACCAGCAGAGCCGCAUUCUGCCAAACAUGGGCUACGACAACUCUGGAAUGGCUCAGCAGCGAAACGCAAACCCGAACAUGAUGUUCAAUGAUGGCCGUAAAUCCGCUGCAGGCGGAGCGCCCCAAGGGAUGUCGAUGUCUGAUCUCGGUGGGCCUGCUGGCCUGUCUCAAACAAUGGGUGCCUCGAGCACCUACGGAGCCAAUGUACCGUCCGCUCCAAUGAAUAUGCCCACAGCCCCAGGAGGCUCUGGACAGCAAAAACCACCUUUCAAGCCUAGUCCUGCGCAAAUCACACAGCUCCAACAUGAUCUUUUCAUCAUGAGUCUCAAUGAUUUCAUGACAAGGAAGGGCACCCCAAUCACGCUGCCUCCUGUAGUAGGAACAAAGCGGGUGAACUUGCUUGCCCUUCAGGUGCUUGGUCGUAAAAUUGGAGGAUCCACAGCUGUGCUCAGACACCUCCAGAUGCUCACCCAGCCAUCUCCACAGUUCACUGAGUGGUCUACGAUUUGUCAGAAGCUAGGCCUUUUCGAAAAUAUUGAUGUCAAAAGCAACGUUCUUGCCAAACAGCAAAUUGAGAAACAAUUGGGAACCUGUUACUUGCUGUACAUUUUACCAUACGAACAAUACGCUCUGACUGAAGAUGGCCAACGAGAUUUACAAGCAAGAAAGCAGCAGUUCCAGAAACAAUUAAUCAUAAGAAUGCAGCAACAACAGAUGCAGCAACAACAGUCAAAACCGCAAGCUCCGGCUCAAGGCAUGGGCCAACACCCUAGUCAAAGUCCCCACCUCUUGCAACAACAACAACAGCAGCAGCAGCCUUCGCUCCCACAACAACAACAGCAACAACAACAGAAUCCUCAGCAGAUACCACAACAGUCACAACAACACUCGCAGCUGCAAGGACAAACACCUCAACAAUAUAAUAGCCCUUCCAUGAUGAUGAAUCGGCCGAACUCUGGCCCACGUCAGAUAAACUCACAAGGUAUGAAACCAAGAAUGCCUGGAACCGUGCAAGAACUUGGCCAAUCUCCGGUUAUGCCUCAAAAAAGCAGUCAGUUCCAGUCCCCAGCAAUGUCUAGUCUCUCCCCUCACCCAAGCAUGAUGCCCACACCAAGUGCAAUGGGAAACCCUAGUCCAGCUUUGUCCAACGCAAACCCACAGCGAAAGUUGUCUCAGCAGUCUCUUUCAGCUCAUAACUCGCCGGCUAUAGUUCAAUCACCUUUUAUUCCCAACUCUGACUCAAGGUCAAGCAGUGUGCAGCAUAGAAAACCCUCUGUUCCCCAAUCAAACUCUGCGUAUGAAUCGAUUGGCCAAACUUUUGGCCCGCCGCCACCUGCUGUCGAAGAGCUUCCUCCAGGAAAACCUAACACUAUCAAGAAGUACACCCCAAUCAAGAAAGUCGCAGACUCACAUGGCUAUCUUUUAAAGAAAAUGUCGGACCUCGGGGACGAAAUUGAAGCGCUUAAACCGGUUUAUUUAUUUGCACCAGAACUUGGUGCUUUGAAUCUCCAUGCCCUUACAAUGUCUCUCAAAAACUAUUCUGCUCUGAAUGAGGGCGAGGCAUUUUCGGCUCUCAACACUUUGCUUGUUACAACUGCAGAUGACAACUUUGCAUUCAACAUUUCAGACGCCCCAGAGCUUAUCAGCGCAUUGGUAGGUUUGGGAUCGAAAGUCUUAAAAAGAAUUACAAAAAUUCAAGUGAAACAAGAGGAUUACUCUGACAUUUCGAAUUCAGCUGAUAAUGCUAUUGAUUCCGUUUUUAACAAGUUCGUCGACCUGAAAGAAUUACUAGGCGAGGAUGUUGCUUUUGUCGUCGAUUCCUUGACUGGAGACUUGGUGAUUGACGAGGAUUCUGACAUGGAACUUGAUGAAAUAUUUUCACCAAUUCCAAUAAAAAAAGAGCCAGAGGUUCAACUAGAAGAACGCAAGGUCAUUGACCAUUGCAAUCUUCCAGACUACAUGACUGCAAUGCAUCUUUUCCGUUCUGAGAACAAACAUCAUUUUAGUAAGAUGCAAACGAAGGGGCCCAUGAAUGAGCAGAUAUUCCUAGUGGACACAUUAAUUACAGUCUCCAUGACAUUGAGAAACUUAUCGCUGUCUGAAGACAGCGCUAAAGUCAUGUCGAAAAGCCACGAGUUGAAGAGCCUUGUUUUCGAAAUCAUCAAACAGGUUGCCACCGACCAAGAUGCCUUUGUUUUCGAAAGAAAGAGAUUGUGCCUCUUGAAGGAUUGUUUAAUAAUCUUAGAUCAACAUUGGUCGCAUAUUGAACUCAGUUCGAUGGAGGAGGCGUUUUUGUUAUUCUUAUUGGUUUCCUCUUUUGGGCCAAAGUUGGAUGAAUAUGAGACAGGAAGUGAUGAAGAUUUCCGAUUGAUUAGGGCACCUCUUGAGCACUUCACUUACUUGCCCUAUGCUGUUGAUGUGUUUACAAAGUACUUGGUUCGUGAGCCACAAAAUCGGGCGUACUUCCAAGCUGUAUUAAGCGGUACAUUGAACGUUACAUCCUCCGCAGCCAAUCCAGGUUCAGAUUCAGUGACAAUACUGCCAUCAGACCACCAUGAGACCAAGAAGUUAUUAAGCGCAUACUUUGGAGGAGACUUGUCAAAAUUGAGAAAAGGCGUCCUCCUUACUCGCGCCUUUAAACUUUUGAUGAGCUCAGUACCUUAUAACCUAAGCGGUGGAGAGUUUUCGAAAGCAAUGCUCAUACACCUGCCUUCAAUUUUGCAAGCUUUGUUUGGAUCGAAAUUGUUGAUCGAUUUAGUAUCUGCCGAUGAGCUUAAUCUCAAUUUGAUGGGGGUAUUGUUGAAGAUUCUUACAAAUAAUUCGCAAGUGCUCGUACUCAAUUUCACCAAGAGCAUUUUUUCAUUCAUCGCUGAGUCAAUGAAAAUUGCACACAACACACCUGAACACAAGGCUGCUAUAUUUAGUUCUGUGAAAGCGCUUAUAAUGGUCAACUCCUUAUUUGCAAACGCAGCUAAGUUACGAGUUGCAAUCAAUGCUGACGAGGUCGAGAGUCCUGAACCUAUUCUUCUUGAGAUUGAAAAACUCGACAAUCUUUACAGAAUACAGCUGGAUGGCGACUUUCUUCUCAAGACACUAAGCAUAGCCAACGUUGAUCCUGAAGUCCCCGAACAGAUCUUGCGUCUCCGUGGGCUCAUUUCAAUGUUGCUGGAAAAAUGA